GUGCAGUUGAGAGAGACAGCCUCUUAGAGCUGUGAGGCAGAAGUGAUGGAUUCAGCCCACAGAAAAGUGACAGUCUUCUCCUAACGGGCCACAGGCAGUACACAUGCCGCCCUGGACUCUCACCAUUUAUCAGGAAACUAUCUCCACCAUCCAACUUAAGUUACCAUUUGUUGACAGUGCUCCAACUUUUUCCCGUGGAUUUUGAAACAAUCUGCUCCAUGCUUGCCGACGAGUUUCCGGCAAGUUAAGCUGCGGUUGGGCUAAUGACGGUCUUUUAAUAAUAGGCUUUAAAACACCACCACCACCACCACCCCUCCACGGUUGGAAUGGACAGAGGUGACAAAGAGUAACGAUACAGGCAGAGCGCAGAGAAGGGGGAGAGGAGGACGCAGGGGAGCAGCUUUCUCACUUGGGAUGACUUUCUACCGGGAGAAACUUCAAUCCAUUCUGCCAGGAGGGCAAGGCAUCUGAGGGAGCCUCAUCAAUACUCGACAGUUAUCCAUCUCGUAAGCAUUGAGGCGUUGGUGAGUUGGGACACAUGGAGCCCCCUUCAAUGGUCCUGCUGGGGCUCCUUUUUUUUCAUGGACUAGUAGCCUGUGGUGCCCAGCAGACUCAUGGGAGUCCGUCAGACAGCAGCCGUGGCAGGGAAAGGACCCAAGAAUUUGAGAGUAGUGAGGAUGAUUUGGAGAGCGAGUUUCUCUAUGCUGGAAGGACCAAGCGUGCUCCGGUUGAGCAGCCGCAGGACAAGUGCUCCUACACUUUCAUUGUGCCUCAACAAAAAGUGACGGGAGCCAUCUGCGUCAACUCCAAGGAGCCAGAGGCCAUGCUGGAGAAUCGAGUCAACAAGCAGGAGUUGGAGCUGCUCAAUGUGGAGCUGCGGAAACAGAAGAGGCAGAUCGAGACCAUGCAGCAGUUGGUCGAGGUGGACGGAGGCAUCGUCAACGAGGUCAAGCUCCUGAGGAAGGAGAGCCGCAACAUGAACUCCAGAGUCACUCAGCUGUACAUGCAGCUGCUCCAUGAGAUCAUCAGGAAGAGAGACAAUGCCCUCGAAUUGUCUCAGAUGGAAAACAAGAUCCUGAACCAAACCUCUGAGAUGCAGCAGCUCACCGGUCGAUACAAGGAUCUCGACCACAAGUACCAGCACUUGGCUUCUUUGGCCACGAACCAAUCGAGUCUGAUUGUUCUGUUGGAGCAGCAGUGCCAGAGUCGCCCUCGCCCUCGCCCCGUGCCGGUCCCCCAGCCACGGUCCCAACCACCUAUACCAUCACCACCGCUCACCAAGCCUUACCAGCCGCCUGUCCUUCCACGAACGAGCAAAACGAUCAGCAACGAGAUCCAGAGCGACCAAAAAUCUAUCGUGCCUCUUCCAACGAUGCCCACUGGCACACACAGCCCCUCCACGACCGACAAGCCCUCUGGGCCAUUUAAAGAUUGUCUCCAGGCUCUGGAUGAUGGCCACACUUCCAGCACCAUGUACCUGGUGAAACCAGAGAAUGCCAACCGCCUCAUGCAGGUGUGGUGUGACCAGAGACAUGACCCAGGCGGCUGGACCGUGAUUCAGAGGAGGGUGGACGGCUCUGUCAACUUCUUCAGGAACUGGGAGACAUAUAAGCAAGGUUUUGGCAACAUUGAUGGUGAGUACUGGCUGGGUCUGGAGAACAUCUACUGGCUGACUAACCAGGCAAACUACAAAUUGCUGGUCACGCUGGAGGACUGGUCCGGCAGGAAGGUGUUUGCAGAGUAUGCCAGCUUCCGAGUGGAGUCCGAGGCCGACUUCUACAAGCUAAGGGUGGGCCGUUAUCAUGGCAACGCCGGAGACUCCCUCACCUGGCACAACGGCAAACAAUUCACCACACUGGACCGAGAUCAUGAUACAUAUACAGGCAAUUGUGCCCACUACCAGAAGGGAGGCUGGUGGUACAACUCUUGUGCCCAUUCAAAUUUGAAUGGAGUUUGGUACAGAGGAGGACACUACCGCAGCCGCUACCAAGACGGAGUCUACUGGGCUGAGUUCAGGGGAGGAGCCUAUUCACUCAAGAAAGUGGUCAUGAUGAUCCGUCCAAACCUAAACACCUUCCACUAAGCAUCCAAGGAACACGUCGUGUACCACGUCUCUAACACAAACCACGACGGCUCCUGAAACCCGUACAAUCUGUGGCCUUUUUUCUUUCAGUGGCACCACACCAAGCCGGGGGACAGAGAGACAGAUGACGUUGAAAGUGCAAUAUCAAAAAGAGCUGGUAUACUGGCACCUCCUGCACGUUGUGCACCAUUAUACAGCCGUCUGUCGCUUUUUCCCUUCUACGUUUGACUCAGUAGAGACGUGUUCUGAUCGCUCAGGAGUUGUUUUAAAUGCACUGUCUUUGAUGAAUCCUGUUUAGCUGACAGUGCUCUCAUUUCACCAGAGUGAGAACAACAAUAAGAACAUGAUUUGACAUUAGAGAGUAAAGCCAGACAAUAUAUAUUUAGUAUGUAAAGUUUUUUUUUUUGCAAUGACAAGCAAAUGAGGUUGACACAGGAAACGUAUCCGGUGACUUUUAAUUUCAUUCUAAAUACAUUUUCCAAAUGUGUAUUUUAACAGGAGCAUAUAUUGACUUGGAAUACGGGGUUGAUAUUCUGGCCAGUUUGAUUUAUUACAGCAAGAUAUAGUAUUCUAAAACGGUGCCAUUUUCCUUUGUAACAGAAAAGCACAACUGUAAAUUGCAACCUGAAGUUAUAAACAGAUUGCCUAUUAAACGGAUGCAUCAAAGAGCUAAAUCAACAUUUGAGGUGGUAGACCCACUUUCCUGCUUUUUUUUUUGACAAAAACUUAUUUUGAAACCUUGAAUUGCUUGAACAGGUAUUCACCAAUUUGCUUGUAUGAACCAAGCACUGUAUUUACUGUAUAAAUUGAGUGGUUUGUUGAUGUCAAUAGAUCCAACACAUUGCAUUUGUACAUAAAAGAUAUUUGUAAUAUAAUGUAUUCAAAAACGUAUUACAUUGCAGUAAAAUAUGGACAGCUUGUGUGUUUUUCUCUGUUUUGGCGUCUAUUGGUAGAAAAAGUACUUAGUUAAGCAGCACUUUAAUAACAACAGUCAUACACAUUCACAACAUUUUAUUCAUGUUCAAAUCAAUUUUCACGACUUAUGUUGGUGUAUGACUCAUGCAGACCUCUAAACAGAGAGGCUUGACACUAAGAUUUAACAUUUUUGAUAUAGGUUUAGCACUGUGGUGACAUUACAUGUUUAACCGUCAGAUAUUUCUCAUUAAAACAAGAGACACUGA